AACUUUCAAAACCGGUCGUAUUAUUGACAUGUAAACACGUUAUCCAUUUCGAGUGCAUUGGCAACAAGCGUAAUUUAUGUCCUAAAUGUCCAUCGGCGGAUGAUCUAGAAAAAGAAAGAUAUUAUAUCUCACCUGGUAUCUCAAUUAACGAAGCUCCCAAAAAGAAGAGGAAGAAACCGGAAGAUAACACCCAUGAAAAUAAGCCUAAAAAGAUCUCGAAACCGCAAGCCAUGAUUCGAGAGUUAUCGGUCGUAUCAAUUUCUGAUGAAGCAUCAAUCACUGUAUCUUCUGAAGAAUCUGACAAGGAAGAUAUAUCUAAUAAAUUCCAUCGCCUAUAUUGUGAAGUUGAUGACAUUGAAAAGAAGGGGGAUCGAACAAAUCGGGAGUGA